UCACAGCCAGCGGUACUCUGUCUAAGGUCUCUACGAGGUGAUGAUUUAUCUUAUCCCAGCGACAGAGUUGCUAUUUCCCCUCUGCAACAAUCAAGUCAGAUUCGCGAAGACAGUGCAACGAAAGGAUCGAGAUUGAUAUGGUCACAUGAUGUUCUCCCCUGCACGUUGACGACCACGCUAAACCCGAAACUGGCGCAUAUCGAACUACGUCAUCGUCGAUUUGAGAUUCCACGGACAAGUUCGAGGUUUAUCCAAUAUCCAACUUUAACCAGACAUCUGCCCAGUCUUACUAUCGCCCCAUUAUCACAUCUCCUUGCUUGCACAGUACUAUUACAACAUGGUCCGCAUUGAGCUCGGAGGCAAGCCCAUAAUCGACGUUGACGCAGUUCCCGGCGACUCGGCGCGACUUAAAGAACAUGUCAGGCGCAAGAUCCGUGGUAGCGGCCGUGCCGUGAACUUGGGCUGGAACAAGACGAUCCCUAGGCUCGUGCUGACCAGCGAUACCGAUGACUUCGAUCCGACGACCAUCCAGCACUUUAAAGAAGAAGGCUUCCAGAUGAGUUACCUUGCCUACACGGGCAAGAAAGCCAGCUACACGGAAAAGCUUCAGCACUUGCAAGAUCCGCUCGAACUGGGCGAGAAAUAUGCGAUUGUGGCCUACGGCGAUGCUGCAGCACUUGUUCUCGAAGCAUGUAUGAAGCCCAUGCCCAAGCUCGUCGCUGUCGUGGCAUACUAUCCACCAUACAUGCCACGCACGACGACCAAUUUCCCUCCCACCCUCAACGUGCAAAUCCACCUAGCCAGCUCGCAAAAGUUCGGCACCAAGCACCCAUCAUAUCGAUACUCCAACACGAAGCCGGGCUUCGCCGAAUACGACCUCGACGAAUUCGAUAAGGUCAGCGCAUCGCUUGCGUGGUCGCGAACGCUCACCGUUCUCCGCGAGGCCUUCGACAUGGAACCACCGGACCUCGAAGCAAUCUGGGACUCGCACAUGCGUUUGUCUUUCUCCGAAAAGAACGUCGACCAGACAAUGGCGACGAUGGUCGACCAGCCGUACGUCAAUCACAUCCCCACGAUGACCGGCGGGAUUGGCCACGACGAACUGCGCCGGUUCUACGACGAGUUUUUCAUCCCCAACAACCCGGCCGACUUGCGGAUCAAGUUGCUCAGCCGGACGAUUGGAGUAGACCGAAUCGUCGACGAAAUGUUCGUCAAUUUCACGCACACGACCGACAUGCCGUGGAUGUUACCCGGUGUGCCGCCAACGAAUAAGAAAGUCGAGGUCGUGCUGGUGAGCGUCGUGUGUGUUCGGGGUGGAAAAUUGUUCCACGAGCAUGUCCAUUGGGACCAGGCGAGCGUGCUGGUGCAGGUUGGACUGAUCGAUCCGAAGUACAUCCCUGAUACAUUCAAGACUGCGGAUCAGGGAAGGGAGGAUGAGGUCGAGAGGUUGCCUGUGGUAGGGAGGGAGGCGGCUCGGAAGGUACUGGACGAGGAUAGUUCGCGGAGUAACAAGCUUAUCCCGGAGUGGUAGCGCAGCGCAUAGCUAGCUCCGUCUGCCUUCUGGACAUGGCGUCUGAUUUGUGGUAGCAUAACCAUGAUCAUUUUGCCCCUCACCAUAUCAUUUCGCUUCGAUGCGAUUCGAGCCCAUGCGGUGAGCUGGUCC